AAAUAUGGACGCAGUGGUUGAAUUAUUGUUCAGUUGAAGAUUGCAAUCGUGUCAGAAGGAUAGUAAAAGCUUGAUUUUUUUAAAUCGCAAAUUGAAACACAAAUAUUUUCUCAAAAAUGUCGACCAUGGUUAAAUCUUAUCUUUGCAUCUUGCUUUGCCUCGUGCUCGGAUUGAGUUGUAUAAAUGGAGCUCCGCAAUGGGGAGGAUCGUCGUCCGCCAGUGCGUCUGCGAGUGCUAGUUCGGGCGGAUAUUACCCAAGUUACGGAAAUUAUGGCGGUUAUCGGCCAGGAGGAUAUUAUGGAGGAGGGUAUCCCGGUUACAGUGGCGGAUAUGGAGGAUACGGUGGAUAUUAUGGACGAUAAGGAACUCAUGUAAUACCAAACUGCAUAUUUACAUAUGUACAUACAUCAAUCAAACCUACUGCGUACGAAAUUUAUAACGAAACACUUAUGACACCUGAAUAAAUGAAAUAACCAAUUUUAAACACGA